AUGGAUUCAGAGGAAGAGAAAACGGGAGAGAUUCACGGAACAUCACAAUCUUCCUCGCUGAUACAGGGCAUUGUUGAGCAAGCUGCCAUAGAUGAACAAGAUGAGAACAGGGGAGAAAUCCAGCAGAGAGCAACACAUGAAGAAGAAGAAGAAGAAGAGUACAGAUCUCAACCAGACCCGAUUCCACUCGAUCUAAUCGUGGAGAUACUCUCAAGACUUCCUGCGAAAUCGAUUGUGAGGUUUCUCUGCGUAUCAAAACUCUGGUCUUCCUUCACUACGCUUCCAAGUUUUAUCAGCUCAUUCGCGAGUCGGCCACGUCGUCUUCUGCUCACCUUCUUCAAAAAGAAAAGGCGAUUCGUUUUCUCGUUCCCUCAAUACGAGAAUACUGACGAGUCUUAUUCUCCGGUCUACAGUUAUGAGUUGCAAAAUACAAACACUUGGAGACGGCCGAAAUGUUAUUAUCCAUCAGCAUCCGUCCAGGGCUUUAUUCUCUUCAAAAGAAACGUGAUUUGGAACCCAACCACGGGACAGGUUUUACACUUGCCAAAGCCCACAAGAAAACUCAAGAGACGGGGACAGUCUGUUUUAGGAUACGAUCCAUUGGAUGGUAAAUACAAAGUCCUGGUCGUAAAUUUACAACAGCAUGGGAUUCUUACAUUGGGAGCUCAAGAAUCAUGGAGAUUCAUACCCAAAGGUUCCCAUAUACAUUUUUGUAAUAGAUGUUAUGGUUGCAUUGAUGGAGUUAUCUAUUAUAGAGCCUUUUUAGGUGUUGGUGGUGAAUGCUGUAUAAUGAGCUUUCAUGUCGGAUCUGAAAAGUUCAAUCCUAUAAGAUAUCCAGAGGGUUAUUCAUCUUCAGGUUUUCAUAUGAUAGUACCUUAUGGGGAGGGAAAGUUAGCCUUAGUUGAUACUACAUAUUUUUUCCUUAAUAAAUCUGUUAGGCUAUGGGUUUUGGAAGAUGCAGAUGGACACGAAUGGACGUAUACAAGCUUUACCUUACCUCUAGCUACGAGAAGAUGGAGGGGUAGUAAUAACCUAUUAUUAAAGGGUGUUAGCGAUGCUGGUGAGCUUGUUUUUACACCAAUGGUUUUGACAGCCUCGUUUUAUGUUUUAUAUUUCGAUCCAAGGAGAAACACUAUUAAAGAAGCCUUGUUUCAAGGAAUUUUUGGUGAUGUAUUGGGAUGCCGUUAUGGACUUGGUGACGACAACGGUAAGUACAGCAAUACUGUCAACUUGGAUGUGUUCCCAAAUCACAUGGAGAACUUCAUGUCUUUGUAG